ACAACACCUCGUAGUUAGUAGAUGGAGGGACAUCCCAUUGAUAUGAUGCCUGAAUUUAGUUUUUCUUCUUUAUUUUAUGAUGGAGUUUCUCAAAAUCAUUUCACCAAGGUUCCUGCUGGUCAGGAUAAUAACAAAAGUGUAGAUAGAGAUGGAUAUGUGGAUUGUACCUCCGAUUACUUCAAUGCGGUUCACACGUUAAAAGAAGAGCAGCUUAUUUGUGAUCCUAGUUUUACCUUAUUGGAUUCUAUUAGUGCGUUUGAGAUUAUGGAUCCAAAAAUGGAUACUGGGAUCGAGUACUCUGAAACGAAUGUAGAUGUCGCUAAAAGUCUUAAUCCUGUAGAAACGCUUGCAAUAAUGGAUGGCAUUUUUACUGCCGAAAGUGAUUGGCAUUACGGCAUUCCAAUGUCAGAGAGCAUACUCUGCAGUAAGCAUGUUUUUUAUAUCUGCAAAACUCCGACCUCAAGAAUUAAGGAUAUGGGAUUUUCCCGAAAAAAGCUAGAUACAUUAACAGAUCUAGUCCUUUUCCCAUAUGUGUUGGGAGUUAUCAAAUGUUGUGAUUAUGUGCGAAGAGAAUUCUUGACCGGUAAUAUGUAUGAUGAAGAAGACAUGAGCUCCUUUUCCUACCAACUAUCUCUCCUUGAAGUUUAUCCCGCAGAAAAAGUUUACGAUCUUUUGUUAGAAGGGAUUCAGUAUCUCGAAAACGAAAUCAAGAAGGAUUCGGGCCCUUGUAACAUCCUCAUAAAUUUGCGAAAACGACUUCAGCUGCGCGUUUCCCUUUUACAUAUAUAUGAAAGAAAUUCUAUUCAAAAAAUACAUGAAAGCUUGGAUAAUAUUAGCCACUAUACUCCCGAAUUACUUGAUGAAUUACAGCUUGUUACGGAUAAUGUUCGGGAAGAUAUCAUUAUGCAAUUCUGGGAUAGUCGAGUACAAGCACAACUCAUCGUUACUGCUCCUCCUCGUAAUGUUCCUUCUUGCAAUUUAAAGGCUGCGUACGAAAGAUUGCAGUACUUUGCACACGACAUGAAUAUUGUUCUGCGAACCCAAAAGCCAGCCUCCCCUAUGUCUAUAUUGUCAUUUUGCAUUGAUAACACACGUUCAAAUAGAGUUCCUGAACCAUAUGUUCGUUCAUCAUUACAAACGUUUCUUUUGGCUGGAGGUGGUGUCUGUAUGAUCUAUAAUCCAAUAUCUUUUUUUUUGCUUUGCGCUCAUCAAUUUUCUUGCCUUCCCUCUUCAUUUUACGAUCCCGAAUCUAUGUGCCUAAUGCCCGAACGCUUGAGUAUAGAAAUUCAGGCUGAGCUUGAGAGCUUUGUGAGUCAUUUUGCUGGCUUUCUACUAGAUUUUGUAAGGAUUUCUACACAUAAUCCAUGUCGCUUUCGCCGAAACUUAAUUAAUCUACUUCCUGACUGCGUAAUAGCCCACUUACAAGCAAAAACUAUAGACGAAAAGUUGAGUUCGCUUGCUUCGAUGGACGAAGUCGUGGUUGGUUAUUUUUCUGAUUUUGCUCUUCACUUAAAAUUUGUUAUUAUAGAGUUAAUCCUCACCACCUCUUUUGAGCAAGACCUCCAUAAACCUCAUCAAUGGCCGUAUUUAUUUUCUUAUCUUAAUUCGGUUUUUGAAUUACACUUACAACAUCUUCAACGAAUUUUAGGCCGAGCAAAGCCUGAAAACUUGAACUACAAAUUUAUAAACUACUUAAAUGAUGAACUGAAAGCAAAGAAGAGCGUUUAUUUUGGAUAUUUUCUUUUGUCUUUGGUAUUAUUAAAAUAUGGUGUUUUCACCUGCCCGUUAUUUAGUAAGGAAGAAAAAGUGAUUUUAUCCAAUUUCAAAGCUCACUUUAAUCCACUUGUAAAACUAAGUGAGAUGAAAUCAAUAUCUAUUUCUCAAUUGAAUAAAAAUAUUCAAUACUAUCAGUCUUUAUCAAAAGAAGGACUCCUGGAGCAAACAUUACAAUCUUUUGAAGAAUCUAAGAAGUCCUUGUUAAAAGUACUGAAAUCACCAGUGGAGAAUUGUCAACGUGAAUUAUCUUUUGAUUUACAAACAAACUAUUUGAAAGAUUUAAUGUGUUGCUGCAUAGCAAAUAUUGCUACGCUUCAAGCUUUUUAUCAAAAUCCGCAAAAACAAGUGAAGUUCGAGAAUAUUUAUGGCAAACCUCUUCCAAGUUUGGUUAUGCACUAAUACCAUAGAAUUUAAAAUGAACAAUAUUAGCGGUGUUCCCUUUCAAGUACCUUUGAAUAGGAAUCGUCGAAAAUCAUCAUUAGUCUUAGGAGGAUCAAUUUGCAUUGCAUCCUCAUUAUCGUGCUUUGCAUUAUUUUCAGUUUCAGCCUGGUUCCUGGAAUUUUGAAACUUUUGAAUGCCUAAUCUCGCACUAGCCUUUCGUGGACGUGGUGUAGGAAUCAACGUUUCAUUAUGGUCUGGGUUGUUAUGCAUCAUUUCGUUCACCGUUGUAACGUGUAAUUCUCGACCGCUUAAAUUCAUACCCUCUACGGCAAGUGCGGCUUUACCAGCGUUAUGUAUGUCGGCGUAUUCAACAAUCGCGCCUUCAUGUUCAGGAUGUAAAACGACUCUAAAAAUUUCUCCAUAAGGUUCGAAAAUAGACCUUAAUCUUGCUUCAUUAAUCGUUUGAUCGACAUUAAUAAUUCCCAGGCUUUUACUGUGAACUUGAUUAAGUGUUGUCGGACGGCUUUUACUAUCGUCUGUACUCUUAUUAAGCAAUUUAGUAAAUGUUGGUCGCUUAUCCUUAUUUAAUUUUUCUUUGUUAAUAGCUUUCUUUGGCUGGGAUAUAACAACAUUUAAUACUCUUUUUCCCAAAACCUUCCCGGCUGCAUUCAAAGCAUUAUCGGCUUCCGUACUAGUAGACAUAACCACAUAACCAAAUCCCAUGUGACUCUUAGAAUCCCUUGAAGGUAAUCGAACACUUUCUACAGUGCCAUAGUCUUGAAAAAAAUUACGGACCUGGUUUUCAUCAAUACUGAAAUCAAUGUUUGUUAAAUAAAGCUCUCUUUUCUCGUACACAGCCCCACUUCUGGCUCCGCUUUUGUUAGGAUCCGAAAUGAACACUUUCAAUUCAUACUGAUUUCCAAGCGUCGUAGAGUGUAGCUGUAAUGCAUGAUGGGCUUCUUCCGGGGUGCUCAUUUGAACAUAGCAAAAUCGCCUGUUUGUGUCGAAUUUUAGGCUUGGAAAACGAACUUGCACAACGCGGCCAUAUUUUGUGAAAAGAUCUGUAAUUUUGCUUUCAUCAAAAGUAGGCGGAAAAUUUGUAACAUAAAGGGUGGUAUCAACAUGAAUCUGAAUAGAAACUUCAUGUCCUUUAAUUUGUUUGAGAUCUUUGGUCUUAGCAGCAAGAACCUCACUAGUUUCGGAAAACUCAAUCUGUGCUAUUUUUUUUCCUUCUUGAUCAUCGUAAAUAAAUAUCUGUAAAAUAUUGCCGCAGCCUUUGAAGAAUUGCUGCAAUUCUUUCUCGCUGAUAUCAUUCGGAAGAUUACUGACUAAAAUAGUAAAUUCUUCUCUGUUUCGAUGCUUUUCUGGGAGCCUUGUUUUUUUUAUGAUAUCCUCGCCAUUUGUCGGUUUUCGCUUUUUGGCAUGGUCAGGUGAAGUGGUUGGUUUUUCUUGAACCUCUUUCAUCGAGGGAAUUAUUUCUUGGUUUUGUGCUUGAGAAGUAAGGCUCCUCUUAACAAAUAGCUUUUUCGCUUGCGUAACGUCAAAAAACUGGGAAAUUGAAGUAAAACAAUCAUGAUUAAGUGUAACGACUGAUUCAUAAAAUUGAAAUAACAGCAUGGGAUUGUCGACAUCCUUGUACAGACCUUUUCUCAAAGAAUCAAUAGCUAGCUCUAUGUUGUAUCGUGAAGUAGCCGUGUAUCUAAUAAUCCAGAACUGCGUGCUCUUUUGAAAAUCUUUCUGUAGUCCAUUCCAAC